UCUGGAGUCCCUGCACCGUGCCAUGGACGGAAUGGAUUCUGAGAGCUUGGUCUUGAUGCAGCCAUGCCUGAGACCUCCGCAGCCUGGUGACCUGCAAUGUGGAGACAAAGUGGCCUUCCAAAAGGGUCCAAGGUCAGGUCAUGGGCGAAUCGUUCGGAUUGACAAAGACAACCGUGUUCAUGUGGAGACUGCGCACGGCAUAGAGGUUUUCUCAGAUGCUGAUGCGCAGAGCCUUGGCAAGGCUGCAGCUGUCGUGGCAGUGGUGGGGCCUGGUGCUGGUGUGGGAUCAAUUGGCAGCGUGUACCUGGAGUUGGACAACCAUCCAGAGCUGCAGGUGGAGAUGAUUGGUCGCAAAGGCAUGCCGUAUGACUGCUAUCCUGACUCCUGGCAGAGUGGUCGCCCUGCGCCAAAUCUGCAGAGUUUCGGCGAGGAUGUGGUACGCAUUGGAGUGCACAAUCGUGUCGAUUGCUUUCUCUUUGGCUCUCGUGGAGGGCAGGUCGUAUUGCCCAUCCUUUGGCAAGCGCUUCGAAACGCAACUCCGCCAAGUGUAGUUGUGAACGGCGGCUGUGCCAUGCGGCUACCUGGGCCUCCUAUUUGUUGGCCUGAGCGUGCCGUGACCGUGAUGUUGCUGGGUGGACAGGACUUUUUUCGUGCGGGCAUUUCCCGGGAUGAGUACCUCCAGAGGACUUUUGAAAAUGUGCCGGAUUCCAAUGCGACGACAGCAUUUUUCUUUGUACCAGAGAUGAAGCACAUGCCGCAGGACGAGGUGGCCCGGGCGGCGCUCCGACAUUUGAUCCUCGCAGCGCUGGCGUGGUCCCCUGAGGCGCCUCAGAGGAUACCCCUGAGCCAUUUUGACAACGCAGCGGAGGCAUUGCUGAAAGAAGGCUUUGCCGGAUUCGUGUGCUUCAAAAAUGGCCGGAACUGGAGCAAGAAGUACUUCGGCCAGAUGCCUCUGGACCGCCAGCCGCCGCCGCUGUCGCCGAGAAUUCCAAGGCCACCUGGUGAACCGUGCCCGCCACAUUCCACGGUGUCGGUCUUUCCAGCGAAAGUGGCUGUGGGAGAUUCCAAAGAAGGUCACGAGCGGUUGGCAAACGAAGCCCAAAGACUGGCUGGUGCUUGUCGAGCUUCAGGAUCGCUUCGAACUGCACUCUUGGAGUUUGCUCAAGGGCAAGAUGCAGAGGCGUGGGCUGCUGAGGAUGAUCGCAUCAUGAAGCAGCUCAAGGACAAGCAGAAGCAAGCGGCAAGCGACGUACUUUCUGCGCCACGAGCAGUCUAUUUGCCACAGCGCCAUUUAGAUGCACCUGUUGCACCUGUUGCACGUGGACCAUGGAUCCAACCUGAUGCGCAUCAGAGACCGCCACUGGUUGGACGGCAACCCUUUCCACUGCAGGCUGCCCAUCCACCUCAUGUUCACCCACGGCCUGUUGCUUACUCAGUCCAUGCAGCUUCUCCACUGCCUUUGCGGGCUCAAGUGCCCCAGAUGCACAGGAGCUUCCCGCCAUCGUUUCCACAUUACCGAUAGCUUGC